AUGGAAAUCAUUACGGAGAGGUUCUACUCGAACCUUUUCCGUUCAUCAACUCCUGUGUCAAGCCCAAUCGUCCCCACUGGCGAAGCUCCACCACGGAUUCUCCCUUCGGAAGUACGAGUCGCUAUCAAGAGCAUGAAACCUGGCACAGCCUCUGGACCUGAUUUUAUAUCAGCAGACUUUCUUCGGGCUGGUGGCCAUCCGCUUCAUAAAGAAAAGAUCCCAGACCAGUGGAAGACCUCGCGAACCGUUCUUAUCCAUAAGAAAGGUGACCGAGAGGACCUUCGGAACUACCGUCCGAUAUGCUUGCUGAGCGUGUUAUACAAAGUAUUCACCAAGAUCAUCCUCACACGCAUAUCUAGGACGCUGGAUGAAGCCCAGCCUCAAGAACAAGCUGGAUUCCGCCAGGGGUUCAGCUGCUCAGACCACAACCAGACGGUGUCGAGGGUCAUAGAGAUUUGCCGGGAAUACCGCCUGCCCAUUGUUCUAACCUUCGUCGAACAUGAGAAAGAAUUUGACAGCGUAGAAGCGAAUGCAAUACUGUCAGCGCUGGUCGAUCAAGGUGUGGACGCGUCGUAUGUGAGGAAAUUAGCCAAUUGCUGCGAUCGAUGCACGACUAGGAUACAGUUUUUCCACCGCCCUCUCACCAUACCCAUUGGAAAGGGGGUACGACAAGGCGAUACUAUAUCGCCGAAGCUGUUCACAGCUGCAUUGCAAUGGAUAAUGAAAUCACUGUCCUGGGAAGAAAGAAAGAAGACACAGUUCAUGAAGAACGCCCACUGCGAAGACGGAGGAGUACAACUUGAAGGCUCCCAAAUCGUGGAAACUCCGUCAUACGUAUACCUCGGACGUUCUAUGAAAAUGGAAAACGACUUGAAGGAAGAACUGAAUAGAAGAAUGAGAGCAGCAUGGGCAGCAUUCGCAGCCGUCAGGGAAGCUACGGACCAACUGACGGACCAAGAUCUUCGUGCCCAUCUGUUCGACUCGACAGUCCUUCCAGCUUCCUAG